AUGAUUUAAUAUUCAAAUAAUGUUUUAGCAAGUGCAGCUAUUUAUUUAGUUCAUAAAAUCAGAAGAAUUCAUCCCUCAUGGAGUUAAGAUUAGAUGGUAUCAAUAACUGGUUUAAAUGAAAUUGACAUUAGAACUUGUGCAAAAGAAAUGUGUAAUCUCCUAAAAGACCAAGAUUAAAAACAAUUUAAUUAGAUAAGAAAAAAGUUCUCAUUACCAAAAUAUUUAGAGGUUUCAAAAAUUAGAAUUGAAAAGCGUCCCUCUUAAAAUUUACAAACACUUCCAUAUUGA